AUUCUGCGUGAUAACAAGCGCCACAACAACGCUGUCGCUAUAGAAACGAAAUGGAUCGUAAAGUGCUGAAUGAGUGAAAUACGACUUUCAGUCCACAUCAGGUCGGGAGUGAGCGCUGUACUCGAGCUGUAUGGUAGUUGAUAGACUUGUUUUAUAAUCAUGAAACUGUUUAACUACUUACUGAAAGAUGUCAGGCAAAAAAUCGAAUAUUAUUCAAGGUUCUCGCCAUCACCGAUGUCAAUCAAGCAAUUUCUGGAUUUUGGCAGGGAAAAUGCAUGUGAAAAAACCUCCUACAUGUUUCUGCGGAAAGAACUGGCAGUGAGGUUGGCCAAUACGAUGAGGGAAGUCACCUUGUUGCCCGCCAAUCUUCAGAGCCAGCCAUCCGUCAAACUGGUGGAGUCCUGGUACAGCCACAGUUUUGAAGAGCUGUUAGAGUACGAGACAAGAAGUCCAGAAGAUCCCCACACCCUUAAUGACUUCCUAGAGAUCCUGAUUAAGAUUCGGAACAGACACAAUGACGUGGUGCCCACUAUGGCCCAGGGUGUCAUCGAAUACAAAGAGAAGUUUGGUUUUGACCCCUUCAUCAGCAGCAAUGUGCAGUACUUCCUUGACCGCUUCUACACCAACCGUAUUUCUUUCCGCAUGCUCAUCAACCAGCACACUCUUCUGUUUGGUGACGCCGCUUGUCUUGCGCAACCAAAACACAUCGGAAGCAUCGACCCAGCCUGCAACGUGGCUGAGGUGGUGACAGAUGCAUAUGAGACAGCAAAGAUGCUCUGUGAGCAGUACUACAUGACAGCACCUGAACUGAAGAUCGGGGAAUUCAACUCCAAAGCUCCAAAGAAGCCUAUACAGGUGGUCUAUGUGCCCUCUCAUCUUUUCCAAAUGCUGUUUGAGCUCUUCAAGAAUUCCAUGCGGGCAACAGUGGAGCUCUAUGAAAACAGCAGUGAGGUUCUUCCUCCAGUGAAAGUAAUGGUUACUCUGGGAAAAGAGGAUCUCUCAGUAAAGAUUAGUGACAAAGGUGGAGGUGUCCCCUUAAGAAAGAUUGAUCGUCUUUUCAAUUACAUGUAUUCCACUGCACCAACACCACGUCUGGAUCCCUCACAAACUGCUGUCCCACUGGCUGGUUUUGGCUAUGGACUGCCAAUCUCUAGACUCUAUGCACGCUACUUUCAGGGAGACUUGAACCUGUACUCAAUUGAAGGGUUUGGGACAGAUGCAGUAAUUCAUCUUAAGGCUCUUUCUAGUGAGUCUUUUGAACGUCUUCCAGUCUUCAAUAAGUCAGCAUGGCGACAUUACCAGACAGGUCCUGAGGCUGAUGACUGGAGUAACCCGAGUAGUGACCCACGAGAUGCAUCCACGUAUAAAGCCAACAGAUGACUUUAUUGUAUCUGCUACAGUAAUAGUGAUGGAAUUACAGCAGCCAAGCUUAAACAGAACACUGCCACAUAAGGAAACUUGAUAUUUUGCCUUUAUAGGACUUGCUUACUGCCAUUUCUAAAGGUCUGAAAAUAAUAGCUUUACAAUAGUGAGAGUGUGGAGGAUGUUAUGUGGAGAAUAUAGCAAGAAACAACUGAAAACGCAUCUCUUCUGUGAGUAUCUAACUGCCUCCAAUAAUAAUACAAAUUAAAAUU